AUGAUUAUUGGAGAGAGUGAUCUUUAUCAAUUGAUACAAUCAAUAAAUAAGAGAUCGAUGUUUAAAACUAAGUUUGAUCUUGAAUUUAUUGAUGUAUGUCUUAAGGAUGUGCCAUUUUUUCAUGAUUUACGAAAAUAAGUAGGAGAAACACAAUAUUAAUAAAUAUUGAGAGAACUUUAAUAUGAAUGCCAUAUACCUUACGAACCUUAGGUUAACAUAGGUGAUAUGAGCACAAAGUUUUACUUUAUUUUGAGUGGGAAAUUUUUGGUGUUGACUAGAAGUUAUAUUACUUAUCAGGAUAUUGUGAUGAAUUCAGAACUGUAAGGAAUACAUAUAACUAUAUGGUAGAUAAAAAGUGCUGACUCAGAGAUUCUCGGAUUUGACUCCUUAAGGUUAUCUGUACCCAGGGUAGCACUUUGGAGAAUAAGUGAUGAUGUUUGAUCAAUCUCACACUCAAACAAUACUGCCUUUAGAGAAGUCUCAUCUAAUAGUGAUAAAGAGGGAUGUUUAUCGAAGAAUUAAAGGUAAUAGGGAAUAUAGAUUGUAGAUAUCGAAUCUCGAAAGUAAGAUGCAGAGAAAUUUGCAUUGUUAUCAACAGUUCCUAUGUUUAGCAAAUGGUCGGCUAAGACAUUGAGACAAUUGCUUUGUGAUAUCAGUGAAAUCAACUUCAUCCCGAAUUAACUAAUAUAUCAAUAGGGAGAUCCAGUUGAUGCAGUCUAUAUCAUUGUGGAUGGAGAAGUGCAGUUGUUCAGAUAGUACAAUAAGAACAUUCAUCCGAUCUCAAUUUUGGGGUGCAAGGAGUGCUUUGGAGAUGAUGAAAUCCUAAGCCAAUUUAGAAGUCAUAGUGCUAAAUCAAUAAACUGUGUUCGGCUCUAUAAAAUAUUUAGAAAUAAAUUUUUGGAUCACAUUCCUAUUCAUUGUGAAGGGAACAGUCUUUCAAAUCACUAAAGCUUUGCAAACUAAUCGACAAUUUUAAAUCGUCCAUUUAUCUCAAACAACCAAACUCAAAACAAAUUCUCUCUUUAUUAGGCUCAAAAUGAAGAAUUACGAGUCUAUAGAUCUGAGUCGUUGAAAUAGUUCAAUUCACCUGCAAAAGUAUGGUAAAAGGUAAUGAAUAAGAAAAAAGAAAAGAGCAGAACGCAUUAAACUAUUUCAUCGACUCAGUAGGUCCAUGAUUUGUUAAGGAGGAAUUACAGACAUUCAGACGAGUCAUUAUAAGUGCAAAAAGUGUACAAUAGUCAAUCUCCCAAAGUCAAAUUUGCCAAUACUCCUACCCACAUAGAUGAGAUUGCAAAUGAGGGCAAAUACAGAAUACAUGCUAAUGGCAAAUUUGAUAAAACCAAUUAUCUCAUGGGCUAAAUAAAAUUGAGAUCGAUUACGCAAUCAGUUUGGAAAAAAUAACUUGAUAAAAUUAAAUGA